AUGGCGGACGACAAGAGCAACGGUGCCGAAGCAUCCUCGUCCACCACCCCAGCCGCAUCCUCAUCCUCAACCACGCAACAAAUCGACGACAGGUCGAACAUCCUCGCGCAAGCCACCCGCUUCCUCACCUCGGCCAACAUCUCGGAAUCCGCCUCCGAGGACGACAAGCGCGAGUUCCUGCGAUCCAAAGGUCUGACCGAGGACGAGAUCACACGAGCGUUCCAAGAUGCCAAGUCUCCGGUGGAAGGUCUUCAUGCUCGCUCUUCAUCCUCCUCCGGCGACAUGGACGCGUUCGAGAUCGCCGCACGUCAGUUCGACGAUCCCAUCAACGCGGACGCCUUAGUGCCACCACCGAAGUCGUACCCCAACUCGCCGCUCGCGUUGUACUACGACCCGCCUUCCUCGCAUCCCGCACAAUCACCCCUCGGCCAGCAGUCCGCAUCAGGUCAAACAGCCUCUCCACUGACACGUUAUCAGGUGCUGCUGCAGUUCUUCCGAACACUCAGCUUCAUGAUGAUGCUCGGUGGCGGGCUCACCGCUCUGCUCGUAUCCGCAUAUCGAUCCUACAUCCUGCCCAAGAUCACCGCCAUGUUCGAUGCACGCAGCAUCGUGCUCAAGCACCACAUUGUGCUGUUCGACAAGCUGAGGAGCAACGUUGCCAGCCUCGCAACGUAUGUCCCCGUCCAGCACGCACGGAUUGGCGGCGCGGAAGAGGGUGCGGCAGGAGCAGCAGCGACGACGGGACCGCUCAAAGGCGUGCUCAAGAAGGUGCAUUUCCACGACGAGGUGGGCGAAAAGGAAGGGGUCAAGUCGACACAGCAUGGGAACGAUAAGAGCGAAAAGGUGGUCAUGCCAGGCACGGACGUGGUGGUGGAUGCAAAGACGCCGUUGCUCUCCGAGACCCACGAGGGUUCUGAUGCGGGAAGCACCGAGGAGGUCGAACCGAGCCUGCCGAAGAUGGAGCCAAUCCACCUCAUGACUCCGAUCCGCGACAGCCUGAAUCGUCUUGCCGAACUUCUCAAAACCGAUCUCUCCGGUCGACCCAGCACGACAGCCUCCUCAACCACAUCCACUCCUCGCGCCUCCCGAGCGACCACCGUGGCUGACGCCGGUUCGGGCUCCGACGAGUGGGAGGACGACCCAUCCGACGCUGGUACCGCCUCCGACGACGAUGGUCUCGAAUUCGACCCCUACGGCGCUUAUCAGAAGAAGCACAAGCACACCCAAUCCACUCCUCCCUCCUCGACCAAGUCCCAGAGCCUCAGCGAGCUCAAAAAGACACUUGUCAGUCUCAACGCCGAUAUUUCGACGCACGCCUUUGCGGCUACUUCCAGCUCAUAUGCAGGCACGGGAGGGUUGAAGUUCGGAGCAGGAGCAGCGGGUGCGGAGAGCCCGAAAUCGGGGGAUCUGGGUCAGGUCAAGGCAGAGAUCCGGAGUUUGAAGGGUCUGUUGUUGAGUAGGAGGAACUUCCCUUCGUAUGGGGCGAGACCGCCACCCCUGCCUGCCAGCGCGAGCGUCGAUGCGCGCGUCGGGUCGGCUAUUGUUUAG